UACCCUUCAUGACAAUUUCAUUAUAUAUAUAGCACAUAUGAAAAUUGAAGAAUAAGUAAAUUCCAAUUUCUUCCGAUGGCGCUCGCUAGUCAACAUAAUUCUUAUACAGCUCUAUAUGCAGCUUUAAUAACAGCUCAAAAUCCUCCUCGAAUUCCUAUGCCCGAUGUUCAAAAGCCAAAAAAGUUGAGUUUCUCCAUUGAAAGUAUUUUAGGAAGAAAUUCCGACUGUGAAGAGGAAGAAGAUAUUGAGAUUGAUGUCUGCGGAGUAGAAGAGAAAGAUGAUAAAAAUGGACAAGAAAAAUCAUCUGGCGAUUUCUCGUGGCUGUCCUGUACCCGUUAUAAGCCACCUAAGCUACCUCGUCAAAAACGAAAAUCAUCUGAUGAAAUUGAGGGAGGAACAGGAAGGAAACGAAAAUUAGGAAGAAAUCCGCGCGUUCCGUUCACGCAGCAUCAAGUAUGCGCUUUGGAGCAUAAAUUUCAACGAACUCAUUAUCUGAGUUCAGUAGACGUUGCUGAAUUAAGUGCCGCUUUAAAUCUCACAGAAACAAGAGUCAAAAUCUGGUUUCAAAAUCGAAGGGCGCGAGAACGACGUGACAGGGACCAGAGAGAAAGAGUAGGAGGAGAAACGCCGUCUUGGAAUAGGACACCACCGAUUUUACCACCGUUUAAGCCGUUUUAACGAUCCCGCCGCUUCAAAGGAGACGGUGCGCACGCUAUCGGCGUCUCUACGGCAUCCUGCAAUUAUACGGACGCUUAUACGUUUCCGUGACGCCGCGAUCGAGUGACGCCGAACACGUGCUGGCUCAGGUGGUCAGCGCCCAACAUCAAACAUCCUGCAAUCUCGAACGGCGUCUCUUAUCGCUGCCGGACACGCUCUUUACCUCUUUCAUUCUGUUUACGUAGUUUGUAAUCGUGACGUCAUUUAUACAUAAUCAUUAUUUUUUUUUCACAUGUAUGUUUUUUUCUUUCAAAAGCAAUAUAUGUUAUGU